AUGCCUCAUUUCACUCCCAGAGGGGCUAUAAAUAACUCACCCGCGAAGGGUGUCACGGAGCCAGCGUAUGGCUGUAAUUCGCAGUCUCAUACUUUUAGGCCUACGCAGGGCUCUAACUAUUAUCGUUCCACGCAGGGACAUGAUUUUAAAAGGAGAUCAGGGGGUGCCUCGAUGAACUUUCGAAAUUCCUUUCGUCAACGAGACGGUCAACCAGGCAAUACUAGACACGAAGCUUUCACUUCAGGUAAGAAAAGACCGGUGUCUUCCGACCAUAAGAAAGGAAGUAAGCGGGGCCGUUACUGA